GUGACCAGGCCUACACCCAUGGGGCCUGGUCGGGCACUGGAACCAGUCUCCUUGAGGGGGGUUGGACCCUCUGGAAACUCUGGGUGGAAACUCUGGAAUUGCCCGCGGUAGAGGCACUGAGCAGGGGUGGGCAUACUUAUUGCCCCCUGGUUGGGCGCCUGUACAUUGGGGUUUACCGCAGUGGACGAGAGGGUAGCCUCCCUUCGCCUUCGAGUGGGGGGACGGAUCCUGACUGUUGUUUGUGCUUAUGUGCCAAACAGCAGUUCAGAAUACCCACCCUUUUUUCAGUCCUUGGAAGAGGUGCUGGAGAGCGCUCCUCCUGGGGACUCUCUUGUUCUGCUGGGGAGACUUCAGUGCUCAUGUGGGCAAUGACAGUGAGACCUGGAGUGGCGUGAUUAGGAGGAACGCCCCCCCCGAUCUGAACCCGAGCGGUGCUUUGUUAUUGGACUUCUAUGCUCCAAUCAUAGAUUGUCCAUAAUGAACACCAUGUUCAAGCAUAAGGGUGUCCAUAUGUGCACUUGGCACCAGGACACCCUAGGCCGCAGUUCGAUGAUCGACUUUGUAGUCGUGUCGUCGGAUUUGCGGCCGCAAGCCUUGGACACUCGGGUGAAGAGAGGGGUGGAGCUGUCAACUGAUCACCACCUGGUGGUGGGUUGGCUCCGCUGGUGGGGGAGGACCCCACCUGUGGCCUGUGGUACUCUGGAGGCAGCUGAUGCGAGCUGAGGCCAAGUGGGAUGCGACUUUGGCGGUUGCUGAGGCAAAAACUCGGGUGUGGGAGGAGUUUGGUGAGGCCAUGAAGAACGACUUCCGGACGGCUUCGAGGAGAUUCUGGUCCACCAUCCGGCGGCUCAGGGCGGGAAAGCGGUGCAACAUCAACACUGUUUAUGGUGGGGAUGGUGUACUGCUGACCUCAACUCGGGACAUUUUCGGUCGGUGGAAGGAAUACUUCGAAGACCUCCUCAAUCCCACCGACACGCCUUCCGAUAUGGAAGCAGAGUGUGGGGACUUGGGGGUGGACUCGCCUAUCUCUGUGGCAGAGGUUGCUGAGGUGGUUAAAAAGCACCUCGGUGGCCGGGCCCCGGGGUGGAUGAAAUUCGCCUGGAGUUCCUCAAGGCUCUGGAUGUUGCAGGGCUGUCUUGGUUGACACACAUCAGCUGCCCUUUGUCAUGGAUUCUGUUCAUAGUUUUUAUGGACAGAAUUUCUAGGUGCUGCCAGGGUGUUGAGGGUGUCUGGUUUGGUGACCUCAGGAUUAGGUCUCUGCUUUUUGAAGAUGAUGUGGUUCUGUUGGCUUCAUUGGACCGUGACCUUCGGCUCUCACUGGGACAGUUCGCAACUGAGUGUGAAGCGGGUGGGAUGAGAAUCAGCACCUCCAAAUCCGAGACCAUGGUCCUCAGCUGGAAAAGGGUAGAAUGCUCUCUCCGGGUUGAGGAUGGGGUCCUCUCCCAAGUGGAGGAGUUUAAGUAUCUCGGGGUCUUGUUCACGAGUGAGGGAACAAUGGAGCGGGAGAUCGACAGGCGGAUUGGUAAGGCGUCAGCAGUGAUGAUGGGGCUGCAUCGGUCGGUCAUGGUGAAGAAAGAGCUGAGCCAAAAGGCAAAGCUCUCGAUUUACCAGUCGAUCUACGUUCCUACCCUCACCUAUGGUCAUGAGCUAUGGUUAGUGACCGAAAGAACGAGAUCGCGAGUGCAAGUGGCCGAAAUGGGUUUCCUCCGCAGGGUGACUGGGCUCUCCCUUAGAGAUAGGGUGAGGAGCUCGGUCAUUCGGGAGGGACUCAGAGUAGAGCCGCUGCUCCUCCACAUUGAGAGGAGCCAGAUGAGGUGGCUUGGGCAUCUAAUUAGGAUGCCUCCUGGACGCCUCCCUGGUGAGGUGUUCCGGACAUGUCCCACUGGGUGGAGGCCCCGGGGAAGACCCAGGACACGCUGGAGGGACUAUGUCUCUCUGCUGGCUUGGGAACGCCUCGGGAUCCCCCCAGAGGAGCUGGAUGAAGUUGCUAGGGAGAGGGAAGUCUGGGUCUCCCUGCUGAGACUGCUGCCCCUGUGACCCGACCUCGGAUUAAAUGGGAGAUGAUGGAUGGAUGGAUCGAACAAAGCGUUGAAAUAAGACAAUAAUUUUUUUUAUGAAACAACAAUGAAAUAUACUCUGGAAUACUUAAGUUAAAAACCAGAACACAUAAAGUUCCAGAAAUUUAAAUGAUUAGACAGUGGCAGCCCCUUUAUGCACUGCGUUCUAAACCCCCCCACCCAAGGAACUGCUGAGUUCAUAGCCACUCCCCCUCAGUCCCUGACACAUUCCUCCUGAUGGGUUUGACUGAUACAUUGCUGGUUGUGUGGUCACUUUGGCCCUUCUGUAGUUCUGUCUGCUUUUACAAAAUAGCUGCAGGGUGAGCUGUCAGGUGUCGCUCUGACAUUAAAAGGUACGCCAUAUUCACCAGAGAGGAGCCUGAAUCGAAGCGAAAUCAGUGGCACUCAGCCACAUCACGACGCUUGACAUUCAAGCUUUGCUUUCGCGAGGUGCCAAUUAAAUGACUUCUGUCAUUUUCGUUUCUCUUGACUUGUUCAAGUUCAGGAAGUGUGUCAGUCUUCCCGAAGUUGUUUUCAUGACUUUUCAUUAGAUGCAUUUUACUAUUGCAGAAAAUCUGAUAUGUUGCUGUCAGAAAAUAAUCCUUUGUUCCACUAUAUAAAGAAGUGUAAGUGAGGCUUGUGGCAGAUAAUUGCUAUACUCUGUGUUUUCUGCAGUGACCAGUGAAAAAGUGAGCAGUAGCUUAAUGCUUGUUUUUGUUGUGGGUGUUUGUUGCGUUGGUGAAAGAGUGGGAGAUAGUGAUUUGUUUCCACACUAGGUAAUAGUCAGUAACCACUGAAUCUGGCACUGACCCGUAUACUAGACCUUGGGUAAUUGAUAGUGAAACUCCUGAUGGUUGUACAUUAGUGUCUGUCUUUCUGUGUUUUUGUGUGUGUUACCCUUUACCUGCCUGUGCUGCAGGCUUCUUCAUAGUGUGAAAGCAAUUUUAAUUUGGGGUUUUAGCCAAUUAUAGUGUGACUCAUUGCUGAAGACUGCAUCUUUUUUCUUAUGUGACGUGAAUGUGGCAUAUAAUUAUACCUCUAAAAAUCUCAAUCAUAUAUAAACCUCUCAACAUGAAUGCCUCCAAUAUUUUGUGUUUGUGGGGGGGGGGGGGGGGGGUGACAGAGAAGCGCAUGUAAUUGUGGUUCUUGUUACAGUACACCUACAGCUGCUAAUAAUAACAGCCAAUACAGUGUGCAACUGUCCUGGAAGGAGCAGCAAUUAUACCUGUGGAUGAGGCUUUGCAUUAAUUUCUGUUGUCAGCCAGUUUUAAUGACCUUAGUUUCUGUGCCAGUGGUACGACGGUGUACACAUCCUAUAAGCGUGUUUCUAGCCGAUGGUGAGCAAAACAACGAGAGAAUGCAAAUCGUAACUGUAGAAGAGGAUGUGAAAGAUGCCUGAAUGUUGUCAGACAUAUUUUUUUUAAUCCUGCGUACUCGUAAUUUAUAAAGGUUCUUGGCAGGGUCAUAUUUUUACACCGCUGAGCUGUUUAUGACUUUCAGUCUCAGAGAGUGAGAGAAUUAGGUGUGGAGCUUCCAUUGGCUACUGACAAUCAACUCGGUAUCUCGUGCACCGAAGGAUGUGCGUUUAGAAUUUUGCGUGACCUACAUGAAUGCACCGUCCUUGCAUGUGUGUGUAUAUGGGAGGCUGUUUGUGCAUCUGUGUGUGUGACCUAUAUGAAUGCGUUGUAAGAGUGUGUGCUUGACCCAUAUGAAUGCAGCUGACAGAACUGGUGGAACAGGAAGCUGAUGGGCAGAUAUGUUGCCUGUUGGUUUCUCACAUCCGCAUACAGUUGCACACAGCUCUGGGAAAGUUGCUUCAGUCUAGUUCUGUGGUCCCUGAAACCUGUCUCACCAGCUGUGUGAGAGCCUCUUCACCUUUCUAUGUAACUGCAGGUAUCCGCUCAUCACUGACGUGGCAUUGGCAGGGAGGCAGACACCGGGUCGCUAAGGAAAGUCGGAUGACUGAUGGACGCGAGUGCAUGGAUGAGAGUUUUGAGAUAUAGCCCUGCUUUGUGCCCUAUGCUGCCUGAGAUAAGCAACCCCCCCAGCCACCCCUGGCCCACUCCAGACCACAACCAAGAUAAGGAUAGUAGAUGAAAUGUCAUCCAUCCAUCCAUCCAUCCAUCCAUCCAUCCUCUAACCACUUAACCUGGUUGUGGGGGGCAGUCAGGAGUUUUGAAAUGUGUUCCAGUUAUGGAAUUCAAACUGUUAUAAGACUGAAAGCACUGGUUAUUGCAGAAGUGCGAAAAGAGCUUUACGAGCUGCAGGAGCUCGGACAACAGCUGGAGAGCGUGAGUGCAGAGAGCAGUCGCCUGGAGCAGGAGCUGGACUUGGCACAUGAGAGCUGCCGCCGCUUCAGGGUGCGGAGCAGGCUCCAGAAGAAGGCCCUGGAAAGCGCCCUCUCUUUACUACGCUUAUCCCACCAGCAGAUGCAGGACGUUUCUCUUAGCUUCCUCCAGUUCAAGGGCUUCUGGAAGGACCGGAGCGUCUGGCUGCUCCAGAACAGCCACUGCGCACAAGCAAAGUUGGAAAGGCAGACUAAAGCUGUGGACCAGGGUGUGGUGGAGGUGUGCAGGUUUCGGGGACAGGUGGAGGAGCUCCAGACCCAGCUUCAGGCCCAGGCAGUAAAGCAGAACCAGCACCAGGAAGCCAGAGCACAGCUGGAGGAGCUGAAAAUGGAGUUGUCAGGUCUGCAGCGGGACCUCAGUGGCAGCCGGUCGGAGUGCCAGCGCCUGGAAAGGCUCCUAGAGAGCCAAGCGAAGGAGAUCGAGGAGCAGCUUUCCAGGCAGGUUCAGGUGGAGAAGGAACAGAGCGCCACCCAUUCCAGGCUGUCACAAGAACUGAAGGAGAAAGAGGACAGCUGGUUGUCAUGUCAACAGAGAUGCCGGUCACUGCAGGAACAGCUGUGCGUGCGAGGGCGUCGUGAGGAUGGACUGGCACAGAAGCACCUGCAGAUGGAAGCCGAUAACAGAGCUCUGAGGAACACCUUGCAGCAGACCCAGAAGGAAAUAACCUUGUUGAAAAAGCAAAGUAAAGAAGCGGCUCUUGUGCACCAGGAGAAUAUGGCAAAUCUGGAACAGACUUUGAAACUAAAGAUAGCAGAAGGAGAGGCCAUAACAGCAGAGAUGGAGGCUACACUGCAGCGGGAGCGGUUCCAGGUGGCCCUGCAGUCCAGGCAGCAGGAGGAGGAGCUGAGGAGGGAGCUCCGUGCCGAGAAGGACAAGGGCCAGGAGAUGCUGCUGGCGUCCCAAAGGGAGAACAUCAGGCUUCAGAGGAAGCUGUCCUCCUUGGUUGAGGAGGCCAUGAGAGAGCUUCAGGAGCAGGUAGGGGAGCUGCAGGAGAGGCUGCAGGAGGCGGAGGCCACCAUCGACAAUUCUGAGCAGCGCAGGAGAGAGGAGGUGGAAGAGGAAUCGGCGAGGUGCUACGACCUAGAGAGAGAGCUGCAGCACGUGAGAGGCAAUGAACAGCAGGGGGUGCUGCAGAUGAGCAAGAUGAAGCAGGAGCUGGAGGAGCAGAGGAAGGAGAUGAGUGUACUGCAGGAGGAGAACGUUCUACUGCAGGAGACAGUGAGGCAGGAGUGUGAGGAACGGGAGGAGCUAACAGCCGCGCUCUCACAAGCCCAGGAGCAGCUGGUGGAGCUGCGAAGGACAGCCCCGCCCCUUAGCCCGGGGACCCCCUCUGCAGGACCCCGCAUCACAGGACCCAGGCUGCCGCCAACCUUGCCUAGGAUUUCAAGCAAGAGGUCCACAUCUGUGAGCGGAACUCGUCACAGGGUCAGCCUCACGAUGGGAAGGAAAGAGCGUGCUUGAGGCCCCCCACUCCAUUCAAAAAUGCAAACAGUGCAAAGCUCAGCGAUCAAAGGUCACCGCAGCAGCACCCACACACACACACACACACACACCUGGCAAUACACGUGGUGGACAUUGUGCAGUAUCUUUAUUUCAGGCGCGGAUACAGGCACACAGGCGCACACACACACACACACACACACACACACAUACUCUCUCACGGCAGGAAGAGGAGAGCGUGACUGCGGACCCCCCCCCCCCCCCCCCCAGACACGGAGCAGCUCGUCCAGAGACUAAGAUACUCGUGACUCCUGAGGAGCUGUCUCACGCACGCCUCUCCAGCCCUUCCUCCCGCGCUUUUCCCAUGUGAUCCGCAUCACGCAAGGCCUUCCCACCCCCCUCUUCCUUCUUCUGUGAGUUUGGCAGGAGGAAAACAGACAAUCUGCAUGGCAUGGAACUAAUUCUCAGAGCGAGGCGAUGCAUGGGAGAGCACUCACUCUGCCUGCCUGCCUCUCACCAAGAUACUCAGAGCUGCACGCAGCAAACUGAAGCAUCACAAUGUCUUAUGCUUCCAAUUCAUUUAAUUUGAUUUAAUUGGGUGUGGGGGAAGGGCAUGACAUAUGACUGGCAGGCGGCCUUAUAAAACACAUGCAGGCUUUAAUGACCCUAUCAGAGAAUGAGCUCCCUUUGUUUUCUGAAGCAGUCAUGAGCAUAUUCCUUUACUGUCUGCGCUUCACAUGCUCUUUGGUAUUGUGAGGCACAGGGUGUCCUGACCACUCAUAAGCUCACUGCUCUUAAUCUCUGUCUCAGGGUGAUGACGUCUAGGUCACGCCUGGGAGGCCUUGGGCAGGUCACGGCUUGUCAGGACUGGUUCUGGGCUGUGUGAGAGGGACAGUGAAUUUAUCAUGACUGGACAGGCCUUAUCCGGUUAGUGUGGGAGGACCGGCAUCCCAAGUCAAAGUGUAGAAACUCUGGCUAUCCUCCGAUUCAGCCGAUCGCAUUAACAUCACCCAUUACAGUCAUUCCUGCUGGGUCUAGGAAUGACCCCCACCCUGGGUGUCCCUCUCUCUCACUUCCUGCACAUGUUUUUGGGGGGUGGGAGUGGUGAGCUGUAAUUCCCUCAGGUGAGAUAGACGAAAUUCUUACUCAUGCAGUGACCCCCACCCUGAAAUCAGUCAAUCUAUGGUCUGUCACAUGACAUCCACUGACUGAAACGUGCUUAAUGAAAAUCUGCUCCGGUCAAUGCAAUAAAAAAUAUAGACAGUAAAGCAAUCUGUAAAGUUAACAAUAAAUAACAUACUGGCAGCGUGAACCCCAUCCCCUCACCCCAAAAGCACACAGUCCUGGAUCUCUACCACGGUCUGUGUGACUCUCUGCCACAUGGCCGGGGCGCCCUGGCUGCACGGAGCGUGACGUAGGUGUUGUGCUCUCACACGCGGGGCAGCUGCGCCGCUGCCCUGUGACCCCCGGUGCUUUCAUCCGCGCCGAACACUGUAAACAAACUGCUGCGAGCAGCCGCUCUCUGCUUUCCUGUGCUGCCUUUGUUGUACUCACCCCUUUCAUCCACUGCCAGAAAAGGCCUCGGUCCCUUUCGCCUGGCCGUAGGUCACUUCUACCGUCAUCGCGAAACUGUGGCGGUUGAAGAACGCGGGGUCCCUUGCCCUUUUAUCAUUACAUCACCUGGACUGUGGGAAAGGUUUCGCAAUGCAAGGAAAACAUCCAGGGGAGCUACACUACUGCACUACUGCGCUGGGGCUCUGUGCCUGCUCACACUGUUCCAGCACAGGAUGUCUGCAUCGGCCAUCGGCACUGUUUUAGAUAAACAAAACAAACUGCUGACCAAAUACACUGUAAGAAAGAAUCACUGCCGGGCAGAAAAUGUUUUUUUUUUUUUUUACUGAUCAUAUAACAGAAGAUUGUUGUGCCACAGUGGGGGUGAAUGACAUUGGGGGGUGGUGGCAGGGGGGGUUGGGUACUGUUCCCACAAAUGGAAACUCCUGAUGCACCAACCAGGUCAAAUGCCAACUAUGAGCAUGCUGUGUGCCAACAGACGCCAGGACUGGGAAAGCAAGAAAUAUAGCAACUGGAAAAGAAA